UUAAAGCCCUUAAUGCUUAGAAUGCCUGGUUUGUUUGGUAUUCUUCAGAUAGAAUUUGAUUUUUAUAGCACAAAAUACAUUUACAAAAGCAAUUAAGCUCAAUAGAAGUAUCAGUUCAAUAAUCAGUGCCAGACGAAAGCUUUCCAUACAGUACUUCAUCGAAAAACCAAAAAAACCUGCUCCACUCAUAUUGAUACCAUCGACGAUAACGGUUUUUGUAACGAAAUCAACAAAACGUUCACCAGGUAAUAUGGCCAUAUGGAGAACAUAG